AAUAUUGUCUACACACAUUGAACUCUCUCUCUCUUCCUUUAUAAUGUAUCUUCGGGCAAAAUAACAAAACUGUGGGGUGAACACGCGGAGUCAGUGAAGUGUGUCCUGAAAAUAAAGGAAUUCUUAUCACCAUGCGCUUCCUCAAACUGACGAUACUUUUUACUUCAGUCCUCCUGCUUGUUGAAGCAAAGGAUGAGACGAAGAAUCGAGGUAAGAGACAAUUCCAUCCCAGAAGAGGAGCUCGCCCACCACCUUAUGCUGUACAAAUGGAACCAAUUGUUCAAUAUUCACAACGUGAUCCUCUUUAUAAUUCUCUAGCGAUUGCAAAAAGUGACGAGGGUUUUUACGACAUUCCACAAAGUUAUUAUCCUUCCGAACCUGAACCAAUUAUUGAAAUAAUCAUUAAAGAAUCUAAUGAAACUUUACCAACUCCAGUUCCUCCUCCACAACCACCGGCUCCAAGGCCCACAAAAGAGCCAAUUCAAGUAUUUUACGUUAAAUAUGAAAAAAAGAAGAAUCAUGGUGAUGGUAAAUCCCAAGUUGUUUACGAUGCGCCAAUUCCAGCUCUCACACCAGUUGAAGAACAUGAAAAAAUUGAAGAACCAAUUCCUCAUCAGGAGACAGUUUUGGAACCAAUAACGCCAGCACCAUCAGAACCUUCAACAACUUUGAGGGCAAUCAUUCGACCAGACAGUGAAUCAUAUCAUGCUCCAGGUAGCAGUGGACUACGUGUUACCUUUGGUACUGAUCAAGUACCACCGAAUAAUCAUCACAAGAGAAGUGAUCAAGAACCACCUGUUCAACCAUUGAAUGUUCCUCCAACUCCACUUCCAACCUCUUCAAAAAAAUCCCACGGACCCUAUCAACCACUACAACCGAUUCCUCAUCGAGUUCAACCAGCUUUUCCUCAACAAAGAAUCGUUAAUUCUAUUCCCCCACAACAGUUACUACAAAAUCAACAAUUAAUUUCCAAUCAACAAACGAAUCAACGACUUUCACAAAAUUUCCCCCCUCAACAAUUUCAAAAUAGAAAUUCCCAACGAUUACCAAUAACAAUUCAAGGAUUACCUGAAUUUCAACAAAAAACACCAUUCAACGUUCCACAUCGUAUCAAUAAUAAUAAUCAUCAUCAACAUCAUCAUUCUCAACAAUCUUCAUUUUCAGGCCCAUUAGCGCCUCAUAAUUUUAAUCCAGAUCAUCAACAAAAUUACAAACAACAAGAGGAACAAAAGCAAAAAUACUACGAACAACGAAGACAUCAGGAACUAUUGAAACAACGUGAACAACAGCGAUUAGCCGAACAGCAACGAAUUUUAGAUCAACAGAGAAUCUUAGAACAACAGAGACAACAAGAGCAGCAAAAAAUCGAUCAACAACGACAACAGGAGCAACAAAAAUAUUUGGAACAUCAACGAUUACAGGAACAACGCAGAAAACAGGAACAAGAUCAAAAAUUAUUACAAGACUAUCGACAACAAAUUAAAUAUAAUCAACAAUUUCAAACUCCAUCACAAACUUCGGGUGAAAUUUUGAAAGCCGUACCAAAAUUAGAGCAACAUUUUGCAAUCAGGGAAAAUCCUCUUCAUCCUGGUCCUUUCCCUCCAAAUCCACAAAUACAAGAUUAUCAAGAUAAUAAUAGACAAAAUCAACAUUUAAAUCAAAAUAGUGGAUCUCAGCAAAAUCAUCAUUUUCAACAACAUCAUCAAUUAUAUCAGUCAUCCCAGAAUUUAAAUCACAAGCCUCCUCAACAGCAAAACCAGCAUUUUGUUCAAAAUUCACAAAAACGAAUUUCCCCUUCUUCGAAUCAAUCAAUUUGGGGAAGGCCCACUGUUCAAAAUUCAAAUCAAAAGAUUUAUGCAACUCCUGCCAGUCAAACAGAAGCACCAAAAUCAUUACCCCCGGUAGUUACGACAACUGAACGUACUACAACCACUACCACAACGACUACCACUUUAUCGCCAAAAAACGAGGCAAAAAUAAAAGAAAAUAUCGCAAAUCUUCCCGAUGAAGUGCCCGAUGAUAUUAGAGAACAAUUAUUAAGUUCUGGUAUUUUAGGCAAUGCCGAUAUACAAAUUCUCGAUUAUGAUAAAAUCGGUGGUAUUCCAAUAGAAAAUCUACCACCUGAAGCAUUGGAAAAUUUUUACAGUGCAGGUGGUGCUGCUGCAACAUCAGCAAGUGAACCAAUUCCCUCAAUUGCGAAAAGGCCUAAAACAGUAGAAGAAUAUCAACAAUCAAAAUUAAUAAAAACAGAAAUCGAACAAGCUACUUUAAAACCAGGUGGCGUUGAAAUGAAAGUAGUGCGCUUUGAUCCAAAUACAGCGCAAGGUCAAACAAUAGCCGGUCAGCAUAUUCGUCAAGAUGCAACUCACCUCAAUCCUGUAAUUGUGGGAACCAAGGACGAUCCUCAAUAUAAUCGUUAUUUACCCCUUAAAGUGAGCGGUGCUUCUUUUCCCAUUCCAGAUGUACCUGAAUUAAAAGGAAAAAAAAUUUCCAGCGUUGUUGUAUUAGCACCAGUUGAUUAUAAUUUUAAAGAUUCUUCUGAUUUAUCCGAUUUACGUAAAGGUAAAAAAUUAAACGACGUUCAAGCUAUCAAAUUCUUGGCUGGCGAAUCCUUAAAACAACUGGUGAAAAAACCGACUUCUGAAAAUUAUAAAAAAUGGUUGGAACAAGAACAAAAAACACCACCUCAAAGACAAUCAGUCGUUUUACUUGUCACAACAUCAAAAGACAUCUAUAGUGGACAAAAGGAAAUUUUCAUGUACGAUGUGAGUAGCCAAACGGUCAGUAAAUUAGCCGGGGAUUUAUCAACAGCUUUUGUAGACGCUGCCGAAAGCAAUUCUGAUAGCCCUGAUUCAACUGAUGACUCUUUUUCGAUAUAUUAGAAAAAAAUGAAAUUUUAUUUUUGAAAAAUGUUUUUUUUUUGUGCCAAUAUACAGAAAUUGACAAUGAAAUCGACAAAAAAAGUGAAAAAGUUACGAUUGUUAUUAAAUAUUCACGUUAUACAAUUAUAAUGUAGAUAAUUCUUUUAUUGUAUUAUUAUGUAUAUAAUAUAUCUUUAAUUUUUUACGCGAAAUAAAUUACAAGGUUUUUUAUA